AUGGAUAUGACUACACAAAGCAAAAACCCACUCUCAGCACAGACGUCGUUGAAUCCUCUCAAAGGUGUCUUGUAUCCAAUUCAGUUGCAAUUGGGUCAAGGUGUUGUGGUGCUUAGUAUCGCCACGAGCGUUUUUCUUUGGGAGGUAUCUUACUACGCCUUUUGGAUUACCAUGACGUGUUUUGCCGGAUCUCUUGUGAUUUGUUGGGUUCCGUGGGGCUGGGUUCUGCGUUGGAUCUUUAGAAUUGCAGUGGCUUGUCAUCUCCGGGCCGUGGAUGAUGAUUGUGGAUCAAUACUAGUUGUUUGUGGAAGACCCGAACCUAACGGAGGAGGAAAGGGAGAAUGCAGGUUCACCGAUAUUCCGUUGCCUACUUUGUAUGCGGAAGCCUACGAUCCAGACACUGCUACUCCAGUGACUAUCACAGAGCGCAAGUUUGGACAAAACUUGUCGGGCGACAUGAUCCCUGUUCGUGAGGUUCAGGCGGCCGAAGCGAAAAAGGAGAGUACUGGUUCGUCGGAAAGCAAGAAGCGAGGGUUUUUACGAUCUCGUCGCCGGAACGGUGCUUGCACGGAGUGGUCUGAACUAACCAUCUCUCUCCCUCUCGCUUCGGACACUCUCAUCAACUUUCGUCUACUCUACAGGAGUCCCCUGGUCAAAACACAAGUGCUACACACCGUGACACUGCUGGUGUCCGGGGUACGCGACCCGUCCGCGUUAUACUUUAUUUUAUCCCAAAACUGUAUCAAUGCAUUGAUUGCCUGUACUUUACCGCCAGCACUGGAGACCACACCAGCACUCUACGUUGGCCUCAUUAAUCUGGGUGGAUCACCACCCCAGCUCUUUCCUUUCUUGGCAGUCCACGAACCCACGAACGAUCACGUCCAUUUUCCGCUCUCUUCCGUGACACUUGAGACUGCCACGAGCGCGUGCGCGUACGCUCAGUCCAAUGCCUACGUAUACUUUACCUGUCUUAAUCUGAUUGUCGACUUGAUGCAAAAUCAGUACGCACCUAUCCGGGAAUGGAUCCGUGGAGCGGAACGAGAACAAUGUCUCUUAGCCAGUCACCUGGCCGCGUUGCUCCGACGGAUGUAUCAAAGGAUUGCCAAUCUUGCAACCGGACCAGUCGUGGACGACGUGCGCAGUAACGCCAUUGUUAGCCAAUUGACAGUGAACGGCCUACACGAAGAACUUGACGCCCUGAACGACGUCUUCUUUUGCGGCAUUCAAGGAUUGAAUGUUCGGCUUUGCGAAGAUUUCCUGCAGACGGUCGUUUUUGUACUUUUUUGUCUGGACUGUUACCAUCACAAGAAGGCAAAGUCUUUGAUGGUUGGAAUUGUGGAUGCCGAUGUCAUCCCCGAGAAGGAACCGCAGGCUCAAGUUACGGUGUUCGUCUCGGCCAAGCUUUUUCAACGACUCGAAUAUGCACCCUUGGUGCAUAUGCUAGCUGUCGCUCUCCUGCAUUCCCGAUCUGCGCCAUUCUGGACGAGCACCCAACCACAGGGAACACGUUCCCCUGACUACAUCUUUACCUCUGCCUUGGACUCAAUGGGUUCUUCAGGGAUCGUCGAAAAUGUAUCGCCGGGUUUUGAUGAGUGCGAUGCCGAAAAGCUUGACUCGUUUCAUCGCUUGGCCACCUGCUUUCCAACAGGUAUUGCCUUUGAAGAUUGCAAAUUCCACCAGCAUUGAGAAUUAUUUGGUCUUUUUGGUGUCAGUCGUCUGACUCUUUACUCUCUCUCUCUCUCUCUGUUUCAAGGCCUCAUCAAUACGGAUGUUAUCGGCGAAAGUCUCUCGUCCCGCUGUCACACUGGUGGACUCUUUGACAUUGCGCGCUCGACAAACUUCCAUCAAAUACGUCCCACGCGACGAGACAACAGUGUUGUUACGAAUGUGGUGUAUACUCGUUCAAAAGUCUACACGUUUUGCAGUUAGUCAACUCUCCUUUGCAUCUGCUCUGAACCAUUUCGGACAGGUAGAAAUACGUGAUCUCUGUAUUGUCUGUCCUGAAUGAACACAUGUGCAUCUCCCACACGAUCAAUGGGACAUCGAUGACGGCGUUUGCAGGAUUGCCGAGAAUCAGCCAACAAUUGAGAAAUGCCGUAGUCUUCUCGCAGCACUGUAUCCCACAAAGAAAAGACUGCUUUGCUGGUCAUUUAGUAUUGCCUGGUACGAAGUGCGACAGAGCGGAGCAAUCUGAU